UUUCUUUACCUUCUUGUCCACCACAUCAAUUUUCCACGAUUGGGUGAUCUGCCUCUCCGACAUGUUGGCCUCGAUCUUUCCCUUUAACGGCCGAUGAAGAUCCUAUAGAGAUACAACCAGAGUGAGCUAUAGAGAGAGAGAGAGAGAGAGAGAGAGAGAGUCAGUGAGUGAGACCAAAAGGCAGUGUUUGGUUGGAGAUUUCUCAGAUGGGUCUAUUCGGAAAUUGUGAUUGUUGGGGAAGGUUCAAGAUUUGAGGGGUUUUGUGAUGAGAGCUAUUCCUUGCAGGGUUUUGUGAGGGUGGCUUUCUUGUGUCUGGAUUUGAUAUGGGUGGGUGUUUUCCUUGCUUUGGAUCAAAGAAGGAUGACCAAGGGUUGAAGGAAGUAGCAGUCAAGAAGGAUUCCUUUAAAGAAGGCUCAAUUGUUGCUAAGUCUAACCAUACCAAUAGGGUUAACUCAGAUAAAUCAAAAUCGAAAAGCAGCUUUGAUCCCAAGAAGGAACCACCCGUUCCCAAGGAACCAACAGCCCAUAUUGCUGCACAAACAUUCACAUUCCGAGAGCUUGCAGCUGCUACAAAGAAUUUUAGGCCAGAAUGCUUAAUAGGUGAAGGGGGUUUCGGACGUGUCUACAAAGGUCGCCUUGAGAGCACAGGACAAGUAGUUGCUGUAAAACAGCUUGAUCGCAAUGGCCUUCAAGGAAAUCGGGAAUUCUUGGUGGAGGUUCUCAUGCUUAGCCUCUUGCAUCAUCCCAAUCUUGUCAACUUAAUUGGUUAUUGUGCUGAUGGUGAUCAGAGGCUCCUUGUUUAUGAAUUUAUGCCAUUGGGCUCUUUGGAGGAUCAUUUACAUGAUCUUCCUCCUGACAAGGACCCUCUAGACUGGAACACAAGAAUGAAAAUUGCCGCUGGUGCUGCUAAGGGAUUGGAAUAUUUGCAUGACAAAGCAAAUCCCCCUGUUAUUUACAGAGACUUAAAGUCAUCCAACAUCCUCCUUGAUGAGGGUUUUCAUCCCAAGCUAUCAGAUUUUGGGCUUGCGAAGCUUGGUCCUGUUGGUGAUAAGACGCAUGUAUCUACACGAGUAAUGGGAACAUAUGGCUACUGUGCUCCAGAGUAUGCCAUGACAGGCCAACUAACUCUAAAGUCUGAUGUAUAUAGCUUUGGAGUUGUCUUUCUUGAACUUAUUACUGGACGCAAAGCUAUUGAUAAUACCCGUGCACCUGGAGAGCAUAAUCUCGUUGCCUGGGCACGACCUCUCUUCAAAGACCGUAGGAAGUUUCCAAAAAUGGCUGAUCCGCUACUUCAAGGGCGUUACCCAAUGCGAGGACUCUACCAAGCACUUGCAGUUGCAGCCAUGUGUUUGCAGGAACAAGCUGCUACAAGGCCUCUUAUUGGUGAUGUUGUGACUGCUCUCACAUACCUGGCCUCACAGACAUAUGACCCGAAUUCAAGCAAUCAGAAUAGUAGGGUUGGAACACCAAGGAGCAGGGAUGACCGAAGGAGCGUAGUAGAUGGUGUUAUGGAUAGCCCUGACCAUGGGCGGAGUGGCUCCCCUUCCACACAUAAGAACUCGCCUGAUGUCCAAAGGAGAGAUAGUAGGGAUCCAAGUGUUGGGAAAGAUUUGGGCAGGAGUGAAACUGGUUCAGGAAGAAGAUGGAGAUUGGAUGAUGUAGAAAGGCUGGAAUCUCAGAGAGACAGCCCUGUAAAUACUGGGAGAGCUAGGGAAACUCCAAGGAACCGUGACCUAGACAGAGAGCGUGCGGUUGCAGAAGCAAAAGUAUGGGGUGAGAAUUGGAGAGAAAAAAAGAGGGCUAAUGCCGUGGGCAGCUUUGAUGCAACAAAUGAGUGAAUGCCCAAAAAACCAAUCCGUUUCACUUUUCAUCUUGCAAUGAAGAGAUUAUGAAUUGAGUCACGAAAAAUUUGCAUAAAGGUCAUCCUUUACUGUCCUGGUUUUCGUGUCUACCCAGAAACAAGCAAGCAUCUUGGACCCAGGCUUAUGUCAUUCUGGUAGUUGGUCAUUGUGGGGAAGAAAACGGAGUGGAGAAGAGUGGGAGUUGGUGAAGAUAGUGUGGAUUGGGGAUUUAAAAUGUAAACAUGCUCAUCUAUGUACCAAGGAUUCGUAGGUUCUUGUUAGACAGAGUCGUCUAAUUUUUGCACCCUCGUAUUCGCUUGUAAGUGGGGGUGCUUGGUGGAUUUGGUGUGGGUGUCAUUGCUGUUACAUGUACUCGUACAGUGUAUCUUGUUUAUGUCAGAGUCUCAUGUUUUCAGCUUAUACAUAACCAAAAAAAAAGGUAUAUUA